CCAGACAUUCAGGAUGGGCAGCGGCUCAUCGAGCCACCAGAAUAAUCAGGAUUUGAUGGAACAUCACCAAUAUCCAGAUAUGAACUUGAUUUUCAAAGGAAUACCUAAGAUGAUACAGGUGGCAGACGAUAUGCAUCGAAUGACAGAUUAUAUUAUGGAUCUGCGAAAUAUGACUAUCGGUCUAGUGAUUAUUUCUGUAAUUGGCGUAUGUGGCUUCUUACUCCUUCGCCUGGUUCAAGGAAGAAGUUCACAUCGACGAAGGAAACGAUCAUUGAUCCGGCAGCCAGAAGAGGGAUAUCCUCAAAUGAAUCGUUACUACUACCAAUCCCAGUAUGCUCCGGAACCAUGGGAGCGUCCGAAGUCGACGUUCAGCCAUCAAAGUCACAUCGAAGAUAAGAAACCAGUCGAAAGUCGGAAUAGCCCAUCAGAAAUACGGCCAAAUGGCAGCCUACCAUACAAAGAAAUGUUUCAGAGUUACAGUAAUGACGAACAACUAUCGCCAGAUGUAGAGAAAAGGCCGACGCCUCCAGUAGAUGUGUCGCCGUUCAAGCGCACUGCCGAUAUUCAACUUUUGGUUGAGAAUCUACCGUAUGCCGAUUCAUGAGCAUCCGAAUCGCAACGCAAUAUCACACAUCAGACAACUCUUUCGUUGUGCGCUUUACUUUUUUUGCUUCUUCGUUUGCCAAACACCGCUAACCGUUUAAACCUUCUGCAGUAUUUUUUUCACUAACAAAUUUUUGGCAUAGAGCCAAAAAACAGCACUUGCUUCUUGCUUCAAGCCCUUCCAGCUUCGACUCGUCCCCGUCCCUUCGUCUACUUCUCAUCCUUAACCACCCCCGAAAGGUUGCUCAGCAGAUGAUGAUGUUCGCCUCUGCUAACGUCAUUUUUUAGUUUUUUCCCAAAGUUUCGUUCUCAAUCGAAACCAAACGCUUCCUCAUGUGCUUACUUGCUCAAUUCGAUGCUUGCAGUGAUGUUUGCAUUUUUUUUAGAAAAGGGUGCUCUCACAGUAGUAUAUAGGUGUAUGUCUCUUUGAGAGCGCGAACGUAUUUGUUUUUUCGCUUGAUGUUUCUGUAUUUUUGGAGAUUUUGCCUUUGUUGCCAUAUACUUAUGAAAGGAGCUCGAUGUA